AUGCUCCCGAGCAUAACGGGCGGGUGCCAGUGCCAGUUAUCCUCGGGACGCCUUCAAGCGUGUCCGCAUCCCGCGCUAAUAUCCCGUCUGUCGGCAUUCAACGUCGCGAGUGUGUGCUUGUUGUUUAACUUUUUACAACGGUGUACACUAUAUUUGGCAGAAUUCGAACAAAAUUAUGUAAUAGUGCUGUUUCAUAAGUGUGUUAGAAUCCAAAAUGACGUUCGGGUGUAG